CAUUCUCUGAACGCCGUACUGUAGUCCGUCAUGGCGCCUCUCGAUGGAACAAUGGGACCGCUCCUCAUAGGAGUGAUCAUCUGCGCAGUUUUCUAUGGAGUUUCGGUCUCCCAAGUCUUCUACUAUUUCACCCGCUAUCCCCACGAUCCACUGUACUUGAAGUUACUGGUGUUCGCAGUGUGGGUGACAGAUACAGUACACCAAGGACUAAUAUCGCACACCGUAUAUUGGUACUUUGUAACGACAUAUGGAGAUCCGACGGCUCUCGGUCGGCUUGCGCCUACUAUCAUCAUUGAGGUGUACUUCAAUGCAUUCACUGCAUUGUUUGUUCAGAGCUUCUUUGCAAUGCGGAUCUACAGACUGAGUGGGAAGAAGAUGUGGUUGGUAGUCCCGGUGGUUAUGUUGAUCGGUACAGAAUUUGGUAUCAUCAUGGCAUACUCCAUCAAAGCGCUGGCCUUCAAGACGUUCAUUGACCUCACCAAAUUGAAGGACCUUUCCGUGAGCAUCAAUGCCUUCGCCGCCGCAGGAGAUGUAUGCAUUGCAGCCAUUCUGUGCACGAUCCUCCAAACCUCGAAGACUGGCUUCUCGAAGUCCAACCAUAUUAUCAACAGGCUCAUGGUGUUCUCAGUCAAUACCGGCUUGUUGACUAGUAUUUGUGCAUGCAUAUCGCUCAUUACGAUCCUUGCUCUGCCGAAUACCUUCGUUUACAUCUGUUUCUUCUUUCUCAUGGGCCGUCUCUAUUCGAACUCCCUCAUGGCAACCCUAAACGCACGCAAGGGGAUCCGAGAGGCCUCUUCGAAGACCCAUGACAAUUCGCUGUCGCUCCAGAACAUACACCCAACCGGCCAUGGGAUUCCCACCAACUUCAGUAAAACGGACACGAGCAUCGCCAUCCGAAUUGAUACGACCAAGGACACACAGCACGACGCCGACUUCGACUACCAGUCGACGCACUACAGCAACAGCGACAAGCGUCCCAUUGAAGACUGA